AUGAGAGGGUUAUUUUCUUUAGACUUGUCCAACAAUAAGUUAUAUGGACAAGUCCCAGAGCAUCUAGCUAGUGGUUGCAAAUCAUUGACAAUUUUAAAGCUUUCAUACAAUAAUUUGCAUGGCCAAAUACUUCCUAUCAAUGCAAACCUUGCAAAGCCACAGUUUUUGUAUUUGGACAACAAUAACUUCACAGGGGAGCUCUCACCCAGACUUUUAAAUAGCUCGAAAUUGGAAUUGCUAGAUAUUAGCAAUAACGGAGUGUUUGGGAAAAUUCCUAGUUGGAUAAAAAACUUUCCCUCUUUAACUUUUCUCAUAAUGUCCAAAAAUUCUUUGGAAGGUCCACUACCAAUAGAAUUUUGCAAGUUGAAUGAACUUCGCUAUGUUGACCUUUCUCAUAACAAUAUUGGCCCAACCAUACCUCCUUGUGCAAAUAUGCUGUCCUUGAAUUACCUACAUUUGCAAAGAAAUGAUUUUAGGGAAACUAUACCAAUUUUUAUAUCUAAAGCUUGUUCCUUAGUAACAUUAGAUAUGAGGGACAACAAAUUAUCUGGUGGAAUUCCUAAGCGGAUCACUUCAGUGUCAAAUUUGAGGAUCCUGCUCCUGAAAGGUAACAAUCUUGAUGGUCUCAUUCCUAUCCAUUUGUGUCAACUAAAAAACAUAAGCAUAUUGGAUCUCUCUCAUAAUCAUUUUUCUGGAUCCAUUCCACCUUGCUUGAAAGAUAUCACUUUUGGAUGGAGAAGAACAUUGGAUGGUCCAUUUUCUAUCAAAGACCAAAAUAGGUCUCUGUUUGUAAACUCAUACAAAACUCAACUUCCUAUAAAGGCGUUGGAUUAUUAUUUAGAAUAUUAUACAUUUUAUGAGGCUGAAGGAGUGGGGUUUCUAACAAAGAGCAGGUAUGAAACCUACAUGGGAAAUGUCUUGUACUUCAUGUCUGGAAUAGAUCUUUCUUGUAACAAUCUAACUGGUCAAGUUCCUUCUGAAAUUGGAAACCUAAGUUGGAUUAUUACAUUGAACCUCUCAUACAACCAAUUGACUGGCGUAAUCCCAGAGACAUUUUCCAACCUAAAGCAAAUACAGAGCUUGGACCUAUCUCACAAUAGGUUGAGUGGUCAAAUUCCUUCACAAUUGAUAGAGUUAACCUUCUUGUCAUUCUUCAAAGUCAGUUACAACAACUUAUCUGGUAGAACACCACAGAGGCAGGCUCAAUUUGCAACAUUUGACAAAAGUAGUUAUGAAGGAAACAUUUUUCUUUGUGGAGAGCCUCGAAGAAACGUUGUACCAACACUGACCAUCAUGCUCCACCGUCUUUAG